AAAAUCAUAUGUGCAUCUCAGGCCAACAGAAACCUCGAAUUUGGAGUGUGUAUUGUUUGGCCAAAACAUUUGACACAAACAGGUUUGUCCUUGUUUGUAUAGUUUAACGAUUGGUAAAUGUGAAGAGAUAGCACAUAAGCUUAAAGUUUUAAUAAUAAGACAUACAUGACCAACAAGAAACACGUAGACUCGUAGACUUAUUCAAAUUAAUUAAACUUAAAACUAACCGGGACUAGCCCUUGCCCUGGCCCUGACUCAACUCAGUGAUAACACAGUCGUCAGUUGUUAUUUAAAAUUUAACUUUAACACCGUCACAGUCACAGUGUUAAAAAGUUACAGACACAGUCAAAGUGAAUUAGAUUCUAACUCUAAGACUAAGACUCUAAAACUUACAGGCUUACUAACAACUAAGAGUGAGAAAGAGUAAGGCGUGUAAGUGUAAGGCUCAGGCUGUGUUAACACUGAGUGUGAGACUUGACUUGAGCCUUGAGCUUGAUGAGUUUUACUAAACCAAAUAGAUAACUUUCUAUGGUUUGUCGUAGUAGGCCUGUUAAGAUUUAGUACAAAUAGCCUGGCUAAAACCUAAAAAGAUGACAAUUUUUGUUCUAAGUCUCAUGUUGUAAACCAGGAAAUUUUGAAAUUUAAAAUCAGAUUUUUCAAAUUCAAUUGGUUACCAAAAAUAAAGUUGAAUAAGCAAUUACUUUGGUCUAAACUUUACAUUCCCAUUUUAAUUUAAACAUAACUUAUGAACAAAUAAAAUACAAAACUUUCUUUCUUAUACUAACACUAGGCCUACAUUUCUUGCACCAUUUUACACUUAAGUUUGAGUCUAAAAAGUUGUUGAAAAUGUGGAUAUGAUCCUAUACUUAUACUAAUUACUAAUUAUACUAUAAUAGAUCAAUUUCAAUUUGGGAUUUAAGUAUAUUUUAGCCUGAGUCAUACAUUGAUUUAAUUUUAAUGCUUAGUAAGUUACUCUGCUUUGGCUAAUAAUUAGGCCUACAAUUUAAACUUUUAUUUAAAAUACAUUUUUUAAAGAAUUUAUUGUACAGUAUCAUAAAUAAAGUUUAACUAAUAAAUCCUAUUCACAAGCAGCAUACAUUUCUAAAUAUGAAAUUGUGUGAUCAAAAUUGUAAGUACAUUAGUAUUAGACCUAUAGUCUUUAAUAAUUUCUUGAAAGAAAUAAGGAAAAAAAAGGCGACCACUGUUUUUGAAUCCCUGAUUAGGGUUCUGAUUUCAAUAAUAGAAUCAAUCUACAUUUUCAGCUGAUAUAAAUCUAUCAGGAAGUUUGUGAGGAAAACAAUGACAACGAUAAAACGUGGUCUACGUGUUGUUCGAGGACCAGACUGGAAGUGGGCUGACCAAGACAAAGGUGAAGGUCACGUUGGCACAGUUGUCAAGAUCAGUGGACAAGAAGGUACAAAUCUGCCAGAAAACCAUGUCUCUGUUAUGUGGGAUACAGGCGGAAAGAAACGUUACAAAACAGGACACGAGAAUACUUUCGACCUGUAUGUAUUUGAUAAUGCUCAAUGUGGUGAGUAGAUAAACCAUAAUUAUAUAACUGCUAUUCCCAUGCCCAUGAUUAUUUAUCAAAACAAAUAACCAAGCAAUGACAAAGCUCGCUAUUAGCAGCAAAAAAAAAAAAUCCACUCUCAAUCCAUCUAGUCAUCUCUCUUCAAUGCAACCCUAAAAAUUGAGAAAUUCUAACAUAAUGGUAUGAAAUCUAAUAGAUGCAGAAUCUUCUAAAACAUACUGGAUAAAGACAAUGAAGUACACAAUGGUUUGAUCAUUGGUUAAAGGCCAACAUUAGCAGCCGAGCUAUGUAACCAUGAAGGGAGGAAUGUUCUCCCAUGUAAAUAAAUGAUUAAUAACAUGGAAGAACAUCUGUAUACCUCCCAUUUUUUAAGAACCCAAUCGUAACGUUAAAGUGACUAUUAAUUGGCAUACAUGUUAAUAAUAAUUGAAAUAAAUAUUUUUUUUAGACUUAAGCAUAUAUUUGCUUCAUUGAAAGGGGAGAUAGUUUAUAACUUCUAUAGUUUCUUUCUUACUAUUCACAUUAGUUUCAAUUUAUAAAAUUUUGAUGAAAUAAACCUUUACAAAAAUAACUUUAAAAAACCCAUUAAAUACCUUAUAAUAUCAAGGUGUCUUUCAUCGUUCACCAUGUCAUGAAUGUAACUCUGAGAUAAUAAAGGGAAUUCGUUGGAAGUGCUCAGUGUGCCCUGAUAUCAAUCUCUGUACAAGGUGUUACAUGAAUGAUGGACAUGACACAAGUCACAGCUUCAUCAGAUUGGACAGCUGCAGAUCAUCAGGGUUUGUCUCAUUUUUAUAUAUUAGUCCAUAACUUUAUGGUCCCCAGAUGGUUUCUUUUAAAUGUAAGGUGUCGUUAACAAAUGUAGAUAAAAUAAAACAAAAAGAACAAUAUAUGGAAGUUGAUAGUAAAUACUCACAUUACUGUAUUAAACUUAAAAUAAGAAUGAACCAUCAUCAAUGACACUACAGCCCAUGUGGGGUUUCUAACCUGCUCCAGCACAUUUUUACAUUCAAACGGAUCUAUGCCAUUUUGUCUUCAUGCGCAGACCCCCUUCCGAUGUAAAUUCACAUGAUCAAGCCAUAAACAAUUCGUAAAUAGAUAUAGAUUUAAAAUAUUUAUUCAAUUUUCACCGCUAAAAUAUUUUCUCUUUAGAAAUCAAUUAAUUUCUCUUACUUACUGUGGUAAUUUCCAGAAUUAACUAUUGGUGCCAACCAAAAAGUUCUUAUUUAAUAAUUAUAUAAAGCAGUUAGUAUUUAAAUUGUCACUUCACAAAACAUAAAAGUUUAAAGUAAGAUAUACUUAUUGACUAGGGUCACAUUAAUGAUAUUUAUGUAUAAAUAUUAUGUUGUGGAUAAAUAAAAAAUCCUUCAUUUUUUUAUCUAAGCUUUAUUUGUAUUAUUUAAACAAAAUUACACCAAAAAAAUUUUGGACACAAAAUUUAUAGUAACUUACUUCACAGGCAAUCACUGCCAGCACGGAGUGAGAGCCUGGAUGAGAAAUGCCAAGCCCAGGGCACUUUUAAGAAUGCUACAGUUUGCCGAACACAAGACAUGAACAAAGGCUCCAAUGAUGGUAAAUUUAUUUUAUAUUAUAGGACAGGCCUGCAUAACUCAAAAUGUAAGGCGGGCCGUAAAACUGUAUGAAAAACUUGUGCUUGCCAAAAGAAAAUUGGACAGGACUUGUGCGGACCAAAAGAAAAUAGGAUGGGGGGAAAGCUUUUAAAAAAAUGAGAAGAAUAAAGAAUAUUUCAUUACUUCGCUGGCCGCAAAGUAGGUGCUGGCGGGCCACAUGUGGCCUGCGGGCCAUAUGUUGUGCAGGCCUGUUAUAGGAUAUUUUAAUUAAAGUCAACUUGUUAGAACAAAUAUUAAUAUGGUAAUAAAUACAUGUGUUAAAUAUUUUUAUUUUUCUUAGUUCUGUUGUAAUCAAGGAAAAUACCAAGCAUUAUUGAAUGAGCCAUUCCUCAGAAGAAUGCAGUGUCAUACUUAUCUUGGUAACUAUGGAUCUUGCUCUCCCAAGGCUGUCAUGGACAGCUUCAGCAGGAGAGUGAAUGAGAGCAGACCAGACUAAUAGUCUGACUAUGUUUCUUUACAAUUUAGAUAAAUAGGGUGAUGAGAUUCUUUAAAGAUCCAAAUAAAUUAACUGUUUUUUAUUUAUAAAGUACAUAUUCAUUUUAAGCACAUAAAUAAAUAUUCUUACAAAGACAAACAUUUUAAAACUAGAAAAAUUUAACACCAGACAUCUUAAGUGUUUCUUUAGCGCAAAAGUCAGCUGUCAUUUGCCAUGGAACUUCACUCAAUUAGUGACAAUACGGGCUUUAAUCUAUCCUAACUAAAUGGCUCUUUGCCUCACUAAGGGUAUCUUCAUCCCACCAAAGGUUAUCUCUGUCCCACCAAGGGUUAUCUCUGUCCCACCAAGGGUUAUUAUUUAGGAGCGGCAACUGGACUGAGAGAUUUCCUUAAGUUUCUGUCACUUACUUGACCAGUUACCCAACCCUAUGUUUCUAACUUGACCAAAUCACCCAACCCUUUGUCUCUAAUGUGACCAGGUCACCCAACCUUAUGUCUCUAACUUUAUUAGGUCACCCAACCCUUUUUCUCUAAUGUGACCAGGUCACCCAACCCUAUGUUUCUAACUUGACCAGGUCACCCAAACCUAUGUCUCUAACUUUUAGUUCCACAAGUUACAGCUGAUUGAACAAGCCUGGUUGGAGAAGAACAGAAUAGGAUCUCAAUGGCGAAAUGCCUAGAAGUAAAUGAUUCCCUGUAGUACAAAUAACAGUCAGGGCAUGACAUGUUUAAAUUCACCAGUGGUAAUUCUAAACGUUGCAUUAAAAUAAAAAUAAAAUAAAAAUAAAACUGGCUACAAUGGAAUUGGCACCCAAGUAAAGUAUGGCAGCCACUUUAAGGAGGAGAAAAUGUGUAUUUUAAAAACCUCAACCACCAAAGUUGGAAGACAGUAACAAAUACGGUGUAGGGGAGAAAAUGUGUAUGUUGACUAAAUAUAUCUUACCACAGAAAGGAAAUAUAGGUGUCUUAUGAAAAGCAAAGUAUUUACAGAUAUACAAAUGUGUGAAGUGGAGCGAAAAGAGGGUGGGGGGGGGUGGGGUUGCAGUGGUGUCUCUCAGCUGUUUCUCAAAAAGACAAUAUAAUUAUUAAAAAAUGCUCAAAGAUUUUCAAAGAACUUUCAGGGUAGGCCUACUCUAACCAGUUUUGAAAACUUCUGAUUUCAGGCUUUGGUAAUUUAAGUUUAAUCUUGCAGUGGCUGAAACAAAUAACAAGACUUUAAAUUUUAAAAAUUUUAUUUGGUUAGGUGAAAAAGUGGAAGAGGGAACCAUUUUGGAUGUUGGUGACCUGCUGUUAACAUUCAGGUCAAAGGUUAUCGUCCAGUGGUCCAACAAGAAAGUGUUUGAUUACCCCAUGGGACAUGAUGGAGAAGUGAAUGUGACAUGUAUCACACCCACUUUAUGGGGACUAUAUUACAGGAAUCAUCUCCCGGUUCUAGGUCAGUCAAAUUUGUUUGUUGGUGUUUGGGGAAGGUUUACUUUCUAUUUAGUACAAUAAUACAAAAAAAGAAAGAAAAAAAAGAAAGAAAACAAAUGUUCCAUAUCAUCUAGUAAAAAAUAAAGAAAACCCAUUAAAUAUUUAUUUCAAAUGCAAAUAUUAGUGUCUAAAGAAAAAAGAAGAAAAAAAGCUUUUAACCUGCUAAAGGGUUGAAUUUUUUUGCAUAUACAUUGUGCUCCGGACAGUGAUAAAGAAUUUUUAAAGGGAAGACGUCUGCUGCCAAAGAUAUGAUUGCAUGUAAAAUAAACAAAUGGCUUUAAAACUCUGGAGUUACAUGUACUUUGAUAUUUGUGCAGAACUCUUAUAACAUAGUCAGGGCAUAAAAAGUGCAUUCAUUAAAAAAAAUAUUAAAAAAUACAUACAUUCUGAUUACAUUAAAAAGCAUACAAACAUAUUUAUUAUUUUAAUACAAAACCAUAAAUAUUGAAAAUAUAAAAGCAUAAGUGAAAAAUACAAUUUUAUUUUAAAAAAGAAGGAAAUAUUUAAAUGACUGGAAAAGCCAUCGGUGGAAAUGUUAAAAAUAAAAUUUGAAAUUUACAUUUUAUGGAUUACUAUAAUUAAAUUUCUUUAAAAUAAAAAGAGGUAAAAACAAAGUAAGAUUUAGAUUAUAUGAUUAAGUUACAGUGUUUGUUAAAUAUAAUUCUGCUCAUUGUUUUUCUUUUAUAAUGCUAUGAAUUGAAUGCAAGUUACACUCUUUGUAAGUGGCAUUCGUGUCACUAUGAUUUGUUAAAAGAAAAUCCACACUUUUUAUAUCUUAUGCAGGAAAGAUGAUAAUGGAUAGAGAAACACCAGAUCUUACAAUCUUAUCUGUUGCGGGAUGUUUUCAAGGAUAUAACUGUCAGUCUUUUAAAGAAAUAGAUCGGCAUUUAAGCUGCAUUGAGCAUCAAGUAUGUCAUUAAAUUUUUUACACUAAUUAAAAAGAAAUGUUACGAGUUUACCAAUUGAUUGUUUGCUUCCUUUUCAUUGAUUGAUUGCUUCCAUGCAUCUGACCAUUUAAGUAAACACUGAAGUACUUAAAAAAAUUUCAAUAAAAGAAAAAUUUACAGUUGAAAAAUAUUUAGAUAUCACAAUUUUCAGGGUGAAAUUUGAGCAAAACAAAUCUUUGUAUAAAAUAUCGUAAUCUAUGAAAAUUAGACAUCUAAUUAUGACUGAAGCAAAAAUAAGAUUAAACCCAUGGAUCAAACUCUUCCACAAUUUUAUAUCCUCAUGUAGUAGACCAGCCUUGCAUUUUUGUUUCUAUUAUUUCUUUGAUUGUGCGAUAUUAGUCACAGUAUCAUAUAUUACUGCAUCUAAGCUUUAAACAAAUUAUUAACAGUUAUUUUCAAAAGAAGAAUCCAAUGGCCCUGGCAUGCCAAGCUUUAUUGGUUACCGUGUAGUUCGCGGGCCAGGCUGGAACUGGGGAGACCAAGACUUUGGUGAGGGACACCUUGGAACCGUCAUCAAAAGUUUUUGCAACACAGAAACACAAGAGCUCGACGCCGUCUUGGUCAUCUGGGAUCACGGCAUGGGAAACAUGUACAGAGUUGGAGAUGGUGGAACACUUGGCCUUUGUGUUUUUGAUACCGCCCAGAAUGGUAUGAAAGAAUCGCCUGUCCUUUUUGUCAAAUCAUUAUGAGAACGCAUGUCAUAUUUCUUGUUUUGCACUUAACUUAAACAAGUACCACUAUAAAAAUGUUGAGAUUUAUCUAUUUUUGCACAUCCCAAAAACAGUUUCAUGCAAGAUUCUUAAUUCUUCCAACAAAAAUUCGACAAGCACAGUUAAAAUGUAAAGCGAUGCUAACUUAGACAAGUUAAGUUUUAAAGAAUUAUCAAGUGCUUUCCAUAGAAUCUUUUCACAAUGAAUCUUUAUAAUUUUUUUAAAUAAGGGCGAAUAUUGUAAAUUUAAAAUUGAAUUAUAAAGACCAAACUAUCAUCACACUGCAUACUUGUCACAAGACCAAACUAUCACACUGUCUACUUGUCACACAGGGGUGAAGCACUCAGCAGUGCGUUGUAGUGAAUGCAAGGCAAGACCAAUUCACGGCAUAAGAUGGAAAUGUGUGUUGUGCAAAGACUUUGACCUCUGCUCUCGUUGCUAUGGUGAUGAUAAACAUGAUGUGUCACACGAGUUUUGGCGGAUUGAAACUCGAGUAGCUAAACCGUAAUGAUUAGGCCUUAAUAAUUUAUAUAAGAAUAAUAGCAUUGUGCUUUAAAGGCCAACGAUUUUUCUUAUAAAUAAAUGUUUUUGUAAUAACGUUUUUUUUUUCAUUCUAAAAACUUAUUAAAUCUACCUUAUAAUUGAUAUAUUAUCUUUUUUUUUUAAAUCCGUUAAAAUAAUUUGGUAACUAUAUGCAUGCUACACAAAAAAUGUACAACUAGUUAAUCUCAUAUAUCCCAAGUAAAAUACUUAAACUUUAAUGAGCCUGUUUUUUCUCUAUAUUUUAAAUUUUGUUGUUGCAAAUAUGUUCAAUUUAUGUUCAAGAUCUGUGAACAAUACAAAACUUCACAUCCAAUUUAAACUUUAAUUUCAAUACAAUCAUUAGUAAUACAGUAUCUAUAGUCAUAGUCACAAAGGCUAUGUCACAUAAUCUCAAACAUAAGAUAAGAUUUUUUCUUCAUCCAAAUUGAAAUGUUUUUUUAAAAAUUAUAUUGUACACAUUAAUCUUCAGCAAAUAAAUUAAUAGGUAUUUAAUCAAAGUCACAAUUUUACAAUAACACUUUAAACACAAGACAUAUGAAGUAUUUCUCCAGCAUUGAAUUCAGCCCUAAAUGAACUCCUUUAGUGAAAAUAAUGACCUAAGUACCUCUAUUUCAUUGGACUUUUUUUUUUUUUUUUUUUUAAGAGUAAAAGUUGGAAAGCGUAGUGAAACUCAGAAGGUGCAGGCCAAGGGGAUACUACCUGGUGCUACAGUGAGACGUGGCGUGCACUGGCAGUGGGGUGAAGUAGAUGGUAUGUCCCAACUUUACCUGAUCUAUUUAGUUUUGGUGUGAAAUUAUUUAAUGUUUCAUGAAAUUAUUGAUUGUUUUAAGAUGUUAUUGAAAGUUUCAAAAAAUUAUUGAGUAUUCCAUAAAAGUAUUUCUUAAUUUUAAAAAAAUUUCUAAUUCUAUUUUUAAAAAUCAAGAACACCUGAAGCAAGAAUUUGCAAAAUCAUUUGAAUAAAAAUGAUAUUUCCUUUAUAAAUUUCAUAACCAAAAUGGUACAGACUUAUCAAUAUGUUGUUUUUUUUCGUUGUAGUUAUCUGAGUUUUUUUUUAUCAACUACAGGUGUUUCUAUGUCUUAAUAGGUGUUUGCCUUUCUUUAAGCGAUCGCAAAUGUUUUUCUUCUUUUUUCCCCACUUUCAAUCAACAGCUCAGAUUUUCAUCUUGUAUUUGGUGAAUAUAUAAAUACUGGUACAUUUUUUAGUUGGAUGUAUUCGUAUAUUUUCAGGUGGAGAUGGUGCCCUGGGUGUGGUCACUGAUGUCAAGAACUGGACAUCUGAUGAUGGGCGAGAUUCAGGCAGAAGCAGAAUUGAUGUAGCCUGGGAUUCUACAGGAAGAACUAAUGCCUGCCGACUUGGACACACUGGAAGGGUGGAACUGAAGUUUAUCCGGGCCGCUCCUGGUGGAUUCUAUUUCAAGGGACACCUGCCAAUUUUAGGUAGUCAUAAGGUUACAUUUUAGAAAAAGAAUAGAAUCUAAAUUAAAAGAGCUGUUCAAAUCUAUCAGCAUCAAAUCAUAGGCACUGCUUUCUUUAUUGCUUGUUCUUGUUAUAACCAGUUAAGUUUUAUGGUAUCUGAUGAUGAAUCAAGAAAAAAAAGGGGUGGGUUGGGGGGGGAUCAGUGUUAUUCUAAUACAAAUUCCUUAGCUCCCCAGACUCUCAGAAUUUUUAAUAUGUUCUCCCAGUGGUUAAGCAAUUUGAAUGAUCAAUAAUGAAGACAUUAUUUGUCACUAAGGUAGUUAAGUUUAAUGGUAUAUGAUUGCUGAUUUUUACACCAGACAAAUACUUCUAUGUCUUGCAUUUACAUUUUUCUAAUUGUAAAAUGGUGAGAAUAUUUAUCUAUUUAUUUUCUGAAAUUGAUCAAAUAUGAACAAUGUUUAACAAAAAAACAAAACAUUUCCAUUUAUUUGGAUCAGUGAAUGAAUCUUAUCUUAUUUCAUCUUAUCUAAUCUUAUGUUUUAAUUUUUGUGAAGGAAAGAGUAAAGAACAGUGUCCUGCAUUGGAAAUUGAAGAUAAAGUGAAAUGCUUGGAUGAUGCAGAGACUGUAAAGAAAAUUUUGAGAGAGAAUUAUCUAUGGUCAGAUGAUAUUGAAAAGGUAAAUUUACUGUAAAGAAAAGAUUCAGUUUUAUUGAUGCUUAUUAACAGAUAUUGUUUGGUUGGUCAUAGCUUUCUUUAAAAAAAAAUAAUCAAGAAACUGUAAAACAUUUUCAUUCAUUUCUAACUUUUCUUAUAUCAAAUGAGAAAGAAAAAAGAUAAUUAUAGCCAUUUAUAGCUAAGCUAGUUGUGUAUUUUCAGUCAGAUAGUCAUGAAUUCUUCAAAUUAUUUCAAUAUGGAAUUUCUGCUUCAUCUAGUACAUUACAAGAAUUGGCAUAGUUGAGUCGAUCCUGGACGAAGUUGAAGUAAAAGUGACAUAUGAUGAGGACAUAACCUUGACCUUACAUCCAGCUGUUUUAAUCAAAGUAAGUGUGGUAGUUUAGUCAUUAAUUUUGUCAGGGGAAUUUUUUUGACAGCUUUGAAUAACAUUGUGACUGUGACCUACAGUCUACUGAAUUUUCCCUUCUUAAUUAUACUACUAAUUAUACUAUCCAAUGACCAUCAUUCACAGUUUAUAAUGUAAGCCCUUGUAGGCCUACUUGUGAGAAAUGUUGAGAUAUUUUUAUGUCCCCUAUGACCUUUAUAAAUUAUCUAAUAAUGGGAACUGCUCAGAUACAUUGUUUGUUUCCGGUUUUGUAAUUUAACUCUUAAUGGCCUAACAUAAACAUGUCACUUAUGGCCUAAAAUUAAUAUGUCAUUUACAAUUUGGCUUCUUCAUCAAAGGUGUGUUGAAACAGACUUACAUCAUCAAAAUCUUUAACUGCGACAUUGAUGUCAAGAACAAAAACUACCCGAUUUGAGUGUACCCUAAGAUUGGACAAAGAACAAAAUUAUAAGAUACACAUUAAAUUCCCAAUGCUCCAUGGAAGUAAAAAUAUUAUUUAAUAGUAAUUUUAUUUUAUUCAGCUUAGGUAGCUUGGUUUUUUAAUUUUUAGUUGGUAAUAUUUCUAUGUGUGUAUAAACUAAUAGUGGCAUGGGUCUGUGUAAUGUGUCAUGGAUCUAUCAAUUGCAUCAUGGGUCUGUGUAUUGUGUCAUGGAUCUAUGAAUUGCAUCAUGGGUCUGUGUAUUGUGUCAUGGAUCUAUCAAUUGCAUCAUGGGUCUGUGUAUUGUGUCAUGGAUCUAUCAAUUGCAGCAUGGGUCUGUGUAUUGUGUCAUGGAUCUAUCAAUUGCAUCAUGGGUCUGUGUAUUGUGUCAUGGAUCUAUCAAUUGCAUCAUGGGUCUGUGUAUUGUGUCAUGGAUCUAUCAAUUGCAUCAUGGGUCUGUGUAUUGUGUCAUGGAUCUAUCAAUUGCAGCAUGGGUCUGUGUAUUGUGUCAUGGAUCUAUCAAUUGCAGCAUGGGUCUGUGUAUUGUGUCAUGGAUCUAUGAAUUGCAUCUAUUGUGUCAUGGAUCUAUCAAUUGCAUCAUGGGUCUGUGUAUUGUGUCAUGGAUCUAUCAAUUGCAUCAUGGGUCUGUGUAUUGUGUCAUGGAUCUAUCAAUUGCAUCAUGGGUCUGUGUAUUGUGACAUGGGUCUAGUGAUUUGUCUGAUUGUUUAAAAUGAGAAUAAAAUUAAAAUAAUUAAAGAACAUUACGAAUUGCUUCAUAUCAUUCACGUUUGAUGUUUUAACGCUUGUUAUGAAGCUGAUAAGAAAAAAAAAGUAAAAUCCUGGGUUAUAUCUAUCAAAUGUUUAUUUGAAUAAUAUAAAUUUAACAGUAUUUUUUUUCAAUCGUGGCAAAGUACGUUCAUCACACGUAAGGCAGGUAAUAAAACUCGUUAUUUCCUGUUCUAAGAGUAGUCUUCCUUUGUUCAUAUUUUUUCUCUGAUUCGAAUUUAUGUUAGUCAAAGAUUUUGUUAAAGGAUAUCUUUCGUCAGCAUGUUACAUUACAUUGGUGGUUGCAGUAUGAAAUUAAGGAGCUCAAUCAACGUAUUUUUCUUUUAAGUAGGGCCUACUGCUAUAUUCAUAGCAAAUACGAUGACACAAAGGUAUUAAAAUAUUUGUUGUCAAUCAUACAUUUGCCCUCUUAUUAACUUGUGUUAUAUACCUUGGUACUUUUUAAAACUUUACAUUUACUCCAGGAGGUCUUCAUUUUAACGUUGGUUUAACUUGAAAUCCGCCGUCAUUUGCUAAGCACCCUAUCGACACGUAUUCCACAUGGAUAGGCCCAUAUAUAUUAUAUUUUACGUAUGUUAAAAAAUCAAAUUUAAGAUAUUAAAACAUAUUUCAGUUGUGUUGCUAUAUGCUAUUUCGAGAGCUAGGGUAGUAACUUCCAUGAAUAAAUAAUACUCACUUUUUGCAAGCUGACAAUAACUAGUAGAUUUUAAAAAAAUCCACCAUAACAUUGAAUCCACCAUAACAUUGAAUCCACCAUAUUAUUGAAUCCGCCAUAACAUUGAAUCCGCCAUAACAUUGAAUCAGCAGUAAAAUUAUGAGUUCCUGAAACUUCAAGUCUUGGUAAAAUUGUAAGUGUCGUGCAUGUGAUUUCUGCUAAGAAUGCUUAACGUAUUUUAAUUUGUAUUAUUUUUUAAUCAUUUGAUAGGCCUGCUGCUAGGCUUAUUAUGCAUAUCAUUAAAUCUGUCUUGUAUGCUGUGUUUACUGGCUCAAACGUGUCUGAUAAAAUAAAUAUUUUUCAUUAUU